GCUGCUGAUUGGUCUUUAGGGGCAGGCCGCUUGAAGGUGAAGGAGGUUGCCGGGGGUUCGCAAUGGCGACUGCUCGCUUAGCUCUUCUCGCAGGACGGCGGGGUGAGCGGGGUGGCCGUGCGCCGUGGCUGCGGCUGCAGCUUUCAAAAUGUAAGCACAGGGAAUAUUCGUCAGGCACCACACUAAAUGAGGUUGUCAUUGUAAGUGCAGCCAGAACCCCUAUUGGUUCAUUUAAGGGAAGCUUAUCUUCAUUAUCAGCUACCCAGCUUGGUUCAAUUUCCAUAAAAGCUGCCAUUGAAAGAGCAGGGAUUCCGCCAGAAGAAGUGAAAGAAGUGUAUUUGGGCAAUGUUCUACAGGGAGGGGAGGGGCAGGCUCCUGCGAGACAAUCUGCUCUUGGUGCAGGCUUACCGGUCUCCACACCUGCAACAACUGUCAACAAAGUCUGUGCAUCUGGAAUGAAAUCAAUCAUGCUGGCGGCGCAAAGUCUUAUGUGUGGACAUCAGGACGUAAUGGUUGCUGGUGGUAUGGAGAGCAUGUCUAAUGUACCAUAUAUAAUGAGUAGAGAAGCACCAGUUUAUGGAGGUGUGAAGUUGGAGGACCUAAUUGUAAAGGAUGGAUUAACAGAUGUCUAUAACAAAAUUCAUAUGGGGAACUGUGCCGAGAAUACAGCAAGCAAGUAUAAGAUACCACGCGAAGAUCAAGACGCUUAUGCGGUUAGUUCAUAUACUAGAAGCAAGGCGUCUUGGGAUUCAAAACUCAUGGCCAAAGAAGUGGUUCCAGUCAGUGUUCCUCAAAGAGGUAAACCGGAUCUUGUGAUCAGUGAAGAUGAAGAGUACAAACGUGUUGACUUCAGUAAAGUUCCAAAAAUCAAAACAGUCUUCCAGAAAGAAAACGGUACAAUUACUGCUGCCAAUGCAAGUACCAUAAAUGAUGGAGCUGCAGCUUUAGUGUUAAUGACUACAGAUGCCGCUAAAAGACUAAAUGUUACUCCAAUGGCACGAAUUGUAGCAUUUGGGGAUGCUGCAGUUGAUCCAAUUGACUUUCCAAUUGCACCUGCUUUAGCUGUACCAAAGCUUCUGAAAACAACAGGUAUAAAGAAGGAAGAUAUUGCAAUGUGGGAAGUUAACGAAGCAUUUAGCGUUGUUGUUCUAGCAAACAUCAAAUUGUUGGAUAUUGAUCCUCAGAAAGUUAAUAUCAAUGGUGGAGCAGUAUCUCUGGGUCACCCCAUUGGGAUGUCUGGAACAAGAAUUGUUGGACACAUGGCUUACAAUCUGAAACCUGGAGAAUAUGGUCUUGCUGGAAUUUGUAAUGGAGGUGGUGGUGCUUCCUCAAUACUUAUUCAACGACUGUGAAACACAGUGUCCUUUCUGAGCUGUGAUUCAAAGGCCAUGUAUUUUUUACUAUCGCUACAAUGAAUACUGAACAAUUAUGCAUUAUAUAUUUGCAAUGUGUAUGCAUUUCUACUGUGUAAAAACUAUCUUUGCAGUAGUGAAAAAUAUUACUGAUUUAUGGAAGCACUGUGGCAAUAUAACAGCAAAAUACAUUUAAGAACGUUCUUGAAAUAUGCUGUCAGUGUAACUUCAUCCCACUUGAAAAUGUGUGGCCUUUCAUAAUUUUUUCUUCCGAAACCAAACUAUGAAAGAUAAGCUUGUUUUUUUAAAAAAAAUCAAGUACAUGCAACAGGAGGUAGUUACAAUUAAUCCAUAAUGUGUGUAUAUGACCUCAAUUUUAGCAAAGAACUUGGGUUUAAAUUGUAAAAUUCUAUUCUGUAUUAAUAA